AUGGCUGCUGACGGUGCUAGUGCGUUUCGUGGUGCGCUCGGGCGGAUCGGAUGGUCUGUUCCUGCGGCGAACGCGUUUACGAACGAAGGUUUUGAUGCGAUGGACUCCCUUGGCUUGGUUACUUGUGACCGUCUCAAGGAUAUCUGCAAGAUCAUUCAUCGCGGUACCGAUGGUGUGGCCGCAGUGCCAGCUGCUGGUGGAAACGCUGCGGUGGCGGUGGCGGCGGCGCCUGGCAUCCCUGGGAUAGUGAUCCCCAUGAUGUGGGAGUACAAGCUAAGCGGAAUGCAUCUCUGGGUGUCUGAGCGUCUCCGACAGGGAACUCCGGUUGUUGCGGAGGACUUUACUGCGGCUAUCGGAAACCUGUACACCAGGAAGGUGCGUGAACUAGAAGAAGCGAAGGAUGAGGAGGGUGUUCAAGUCAAGCCUCCGGCUCCGUUCUCGAAGGAAACGAAGUGGAUUCCGUUCUUCAAGUUGUUGGUCAACUAUUUGAGUUCUGUGACGGGUGUUAACAAAGUGCCAUUGGAUUAUGUCAUCCGGAAAGAUGACGACAUUGCUCCACCUGAUACCGAGUUUGAAACAGAGCACGAGAAGUUGAUUCAAGUGAAGCAGUUGACUGUAAACGGUCCGGCGUGGACUUAUGUGGCGCCUUUCGAGAAGAAACGCGAUGGUUGCGGCGCAGUCAAGGCUUUGAAGAGCCAUUAUGAAGGUGAUGCGGUAAUGUCCAAGUCCAAGGCGGUUGCGUUUGACGUGCUCAAGCACACUAUCUACACUGGUGAGCGUGGUAACUUCGGGAUGGAAAAGUACACAAAUGCUUUGUCAACGGCGUUCCAGACUCUCGACGAGUAUGGAGAGACCUUGACGGAGUCCAGGAAGGUGGAUGUCUUCUUGCGCAACAAUCAUUGCACGGAUCCUAAGAUGCUCUCGGGAAUUGCUAUAAUUCAAGGCGACGCGGACCGCAUGUCUAACUUUGCAAAGGCGGCCGAUUAUUUGGCCUUGUUUACUAACACUGAUACCUCUCAGAAGACAGGCCGUUCAAUCUCGAGUGCUCAAAGGUCUACUAACAAGAAGAAGCCGGCUAUUCGAGCGGGUAAUUAUACUCCAAAUGAAUGGCAUCAGCUCUCGGACAAAGAAAAGGACAAAGUUCGUGCAAAGCGAGCGGCUGCCAAGGCCUCUCGCAACAAGAGCAAGCGCUCGGCCGCAGCGGUUAGUCGUUCGAGCGAGAAACCUGACAAGGGGAGCACGGAUAAGGCAACCAAUGCGGGUGAUCAGUUUGCUCUCUUGAACAAGAAAAAGAAACGAAAGGUUGGCUUCGAAGGUGAAACGAGUGAUUGA